AUGGCAAAUAUGAAUAAAUUCAAAAAUAUUGUCAAUCACUUCAAUACAAUGGCAUCGCAGUCGGCACCUAAUGAUAGCAAAAUAAUUCGGUCAAAAUUAAUAUUGAAAAAGUACCCGUAUCAUUCACUAUGUGAACUACUUUUUGAAAGAUUACAAACUGACCCUGAUAAACCAUGCAUUAUUGACUGUUCACUGGAUAGACGUUGGACUAAACGACAAGUGUUUGAAUCGAGUCUCAACUUUGCCUACUAUUUGAUAAAUGACUGCCAAUUAAGCAAAGGAGACAUUGUUUGCUUUGUGACCAACAACUCAGAUAUUCACGCCAUUAGUAUUGUCGGUGUAUUAGUUGCCGGCGGUGUCUAUAGUUCUUUGGCUGAACAUUCAUCUGAACGUGAGAUACGUGAAGUGAUUGAAAACAUUAAGCCAACUGUUUUGGUGUGUAUCGGACAAAACUUUCAGGUUAUGGAUGAUGUGGCUAAUGAUUAUCCAUUUGUUAAGAAACUGUUGGUAAUCGACGAGCCGUCCAAAGCAGAGAUUAAAAAGAAAAGUGAUUUAUUGACAAUUGAGAAGAUAUUUGAACAAAACCGUAAAGACAACAUCCAAUUACCCAUUUGUGGUGAUUUGGAUGAUUGCGCAACACUUGUAAUGAGUAGUGGCAGUACAGGGCGUCCCAAAGCCAUACUCCGAACAAAUCGUAACUUUUUGGCCACAAUCGCUACAAUGCAACACAAAGAGUUGUGUCCACUCACUUCCGGUGAGAUAUUCCUCUCGAGUGGUUUUUGUCAUAUAUGUGGCCAGAGGUCACUAUUCUCGUGCAUCAAUGGCGGCGCACAGUUGGCUAUAAUCAGGAUUGAAGAGAAACACGACGACGCCUUCACUAACAUUCAUAAGUAUAAUAUAACGAGUGGUUUCAUAAUAACAACACAAUUGAAUUAUUUGGCAAAAAAUUAUGAAAAGUAUGACAAAAAUUAUUUGAAGAGUUUUUGCGACAUUUUAGCCGGUGGUUCACAUUUGUCAGACUCUACUUAUAAAGCAAUUGUCGAGUUAUAUGACUUUGAAAAGUUUAGAAGCUGCUAUGGUAUGUCUGAAAUUGGUUGGGCUAUAAUGGUCUACCUGAGCGAUCAACGCCGACUCACCAACACCGCCACAUGCGGUAAAGUAUCGCCCGGUUUAGAGUGCAGAGUGAUUGAUGAAAAUGAACAGCCAGUUGGUCCUAAUGUGUUGGGACAGCUAUGUUUUAGAGGGGAUCAGGUGACUCCAGGAUAUCUUAAUAAUGAUAAAGAAAAUGCUAAACUGUUUACAAACGACGGUUUCCUUAAAAGUGGUGAUUAUGGCUAUUAUGACGAUAAGGAGUUUUUCUAUGUUAUCGGAAGAUUCAAAGAAAUUAUCAAAGUUGAAGGAUAUGUUGUAUCUCCAGCAGAGUUGGAGCACAUCCUAUUGCAGAACAAGAAGAUAGAAAACGUAGCCGUCAUUGGCAUUAAAGAUGAGGAAAGGGAUGAAAUACCUAUGGCUUUCGUGACACUCGUAAAGGGCGCGUCACUUACUGAACAACAGAUUCAGGAUUGGGUUGACUCUCGAGUUAAUUACUAUAAGAAGUUAAGAGGAGGCGUCCGUAUCAUUGACUCAUUCCCUUUGACACCACUGAAGAAGAUUAAUAAAACAGAACUGAAGAGAAUGAUUCCGCCGGAACUCCUAUAAAGUCAUUACAUAUAUAUUAAUACAUUAUAUUAUAAG